AUGUCGUUCGGAGGGCUGCUGGUCGGAGGAGCCUGUGCUGGCCUACACAAGCCCACCAGUAUCUCUGCCUCGCUCCUAGUGUACGACGGUCACACCAGUCUCUCUGCCUCGCUCCUAGUGUACGACGGUCACACCAGUCUCUCUGCCUCGUUCCUAGUGUACGACGGUCACACCAGUAUCUCUGCCUCGUUCCUAGUGUACGACGGUCACACCAGUCUCUCUGCCUCGUUCCUAGUGUACGACGGUCACACCAGUAUCCCUGCCUCGUUCCUAGUGUACGACGGUCACACCAGUAUCUCUGCCUCGUUCCUAGUGUACGACGGUCACACCCUCAAACAUGGAGUAGGGCUGAUCAGUGUGGACAGAUGGGCGGAUAGGGAAAGUCGUGUGUUCCUAUUGGACCAGAGAAACAAGUCUGACUCCGGGGGAUUGGCCGAGGCAGAACAUGCGUGUGCUAUCAAUGAUGCCCGGCUGGCGUCGAGCGAGGAGCUACGUCACGCCGUGGUGGAGUGUUCCUUCUCUGCCUGCACACGAGGAUGGUUGGACGGGGGCAGCGUGGGGACUACGGUGUGCAGUAACGUGGGCAGUGCUCUGAAGGCAGUAGAUGUGAAGGUAGAGAACGCUACAGAGGACAACACACACCUGGGUGUCUUCUGUGUCAAAGGUGUUCCAUGUGGAGACCCCCCUGCGUUCCCCAACACGCGUCUCCAGGGACACACAGGGUUCGAGAUGGGAGAUGAGCUGCUGUACUCCUGUCUUCCUGGUCAUGUGAUGCCCAGCGGCCACUCAGCCUUCAGCCUGCUGUGUGAUAGCUGUGGAGAGUGGUAUGGACUGGUGCAGCUUUGUGGCAAAUACAAGACAGAGGCACACAUCGACUAUGAAGAUAAGUUCACUGAUGACGAUCACCACCUCUCCUACGACACCCCUGCAGAGGAGGAGAACACAGAGGAGGAGCCGCUAGAGGAAGAGGAGAACACAGAGGAGGGACCGCUAGAGGAAGAGGAGAACACAGAGGAGGGACCGCUAGAGGAAGAGGAGAACACAGAGGAGGAGGAAGAGGAGAACACAGAGGAGGAGCCGCUAGAGGAAGAGGAGAUCACAGAGGAGGAGCCGCUAGAGGAAGAGGAGAUCACAGAGGAGGGGCCGCUAGAGGAAGAGGAGAUCACAGAGGAGGAGCCGCUAGAGGAAGAUGUGCAUGAGGAGGUGACGCGUGAGGAGGAACCGCUAGAGGAAGAGGAGAACACAGAAGAAGAGGAGCACAGGGAUCAGGAGCAGCAGGAGGCCAGCUUCAGUGUGGCGGGAGUAGAGGAGCAGGAGGAGGAGGCAGGAGGAGAGGAGGAGGCAGGAGGAAAGGAGGCAGCAGGGGGAGAGGAGCUGUCUGUGGGAGAGGAGGGGCAGCAAGAGGAGGAGGUGGGGGAAGGAGUGGUGACUGGAGGAAAGGAUGAAGAGGUGGAAGACUCGACAGACCAUCCCGUUGAGGAGGAGCAGGUGGAGGAGAUGGGCGUGUUGGAGGUGACUGAGGCGCCAGUCUCCCUGCUAUCCCAGAAGCACCUGUUCUGGUUCCCCUCAGAGGCCUUCCAGGAGGCGGGACAUGUGGAACCCACCCACCCGCCAGUCACACAGGACACACCCACUGAGGGGGACAACCGUGUCAGGGCCUCCGGCAGCAAAUCAGAGGAGAGCAAGCAAGACGACAGCCAACCAGAGGAGACGAAGGAUUAUGACAGCCUUGAGGGUCACUUCCAACAACCAAUUGACCAUGAUGACCAUGAAGAUGAUGUUGACCAUGAACACAUUGACCGUGAACAUGAUGAUCAACGUGAACAUAACCACUACGACCACGACGAUCAAACAGAUCCUGACCGCGAUGAAAGCUCUGAACACGCUCUUGAGGGUGAAGACUAUGUCGUCGGACGCCUUGACCACGAUGAUCGUGACGACCAUGAAAGCUAUGGCAGUGAAGACGCCCACCGUGAGGCCCAAGGAGAACACCAGGAGGCUGGUUGGUAUGAUGACGAUGACGUGGGCGAGGAGCAUUACGACCUGCGUGAACACAAGGAGGAUGACCGCGUCCACGUUCACUCUCACAGCCACGGUGUGCAUGAUGACCAUGUAGACCAUGAAAGUCAUGACCGCGAUGAUGUAACCGACCACGAUGAUGAUCACGACCACUCAGAUCCUAGCGAUCACCACGACGACCACGACAACCAAGACCAUGUCCAUGAUCACCUUGAUGAAGACCAGAGUGAACAUGAAGAUGAUCGUAGUGACCCUAACCGUGAUUCCCGUGAUCACGAUGACCAUCACCACGACAACCAUGACCACGAUAACCAUGAUGAUGAUGACCAUGUGGUCCCCCCCGUCGGCAUGACAACAGACGAGCCUCAGAACGUAACCCAGGAGGCAGCGGGAGGAAGACCUACAGCCAGCAAAGACGAGACCUGGUUGGACGGCUACCCUGUUAGUCAGGAGGAGACCGACACUGGUAAAGUGGGCGGUGGAUCCACAGAGGAAAGGGUGGAGCCUGAGGUGGGAGAGGAGGAAGAGGAGGGUGUUGUUGUUGUCGGGGCGACGGACCGGCCCAAUGAGGUGGAGUUGAGUCGUCCCACCCCGUUCACAGGAGUCCCUCAGGUCCCCCUGUCCCCCACACAGGUGGCGAAACCUGUGGAGCAGGAUCAGGACCAGGGCUGGGUGGGAGGACUCACCCCUACAGCCUCACCCGAAUCACCCCUCUCCCCCGAGGCCACGGCCUCAGAUUCACAUUCAGCUGACUACGCCGCCCCCUCUCUGACAUCACUGGACGACGACGCCCCCAGCUACGCAGCCCGGCCUUCUCCCACGGACUCCUGGGAAACAACGGAUCACGUGCACCCUUUCCUGGACCACGGCCCCGAAUCCACUGCGUGGACUGAUGAUGUCAUCGACGAGGAGGAACGUUCGGCCGAGCACAACCUGACUCGACACAGCGGGGAGACGGAGGGUGAGGAGGGGGAGACAGGGUGUACGGAGGUUGAGGAGAACUGCCCUCCUCCCCCUCCUCUCUCCUCCGGCAGGGGUUCCACGGUUGCAGCCAUUGUGGUUGCUGUGUGCGCGGUUGCCGUGGCAGCCACCAUCGGGGCGUGGUGUUACCGGCGGAAACAGCAGAAGAGCUCGAUGUACGAGAUGAACGGGAAGUGUCAGAGUCACAGCAGACAUGGACAACAGAUAGAGAUGCAACAGAAGGUCUAAGAGAGACAGACAGUGGGGCU